AUGCCGGUCAUCAUCUCUGGAAUAACCCACACCGACAUCAUGGCUGCGAUACUGAAAAUUCUCGAUCGAUACAACACCGAGACUUCUGGUAUACCAAACCUGCUCAACAGCCCAACAGACAACAUCCUGAAAAGAGUGGAGAGAAGGCUGGACGCCGAGGUUGAAGCGUACGUUUCUGGCGUAGAAGCCAAGUCCAAUCACAUCACGCGCGUCACCCUACCCGCGUACGUGAACAACAUGAUGACUCGCCUGGACACAGAAUUCCGCGGAUAUCUGGAGGAUGUCGAUUCAGAAGACGACGUGAAGGAGCUCUGGGCGUACUACACCGGAAUGCUCGCGACGAUGAGGCCUCGAGUGGAGAGAGAAAUCGCGGAACCUGUUGCCUCCAACACGAGCAACAGAAUCGGACGCAUACGGGAAUUUCACAGGACCACUAAGCUAGGUAUGUUAGCCAAGUACAGGCGGACGCUAGAGAUUGCCAAGAAGGUAGUGUUCGAGAUGGACCUGAAAAACGAAGUGAGAAACUACGUGGAGUCGGACAUCCAGGAGAGAAUAGCCCAAGUUGUGAGAAGCCAAAUCACGUACCCCGUGCUGAAAAGAUUCGGCGAGGGUGAACUGAGCAUGGACGACGUUGUGCAAGACCGUUUUGUCGUGGCGAAGAAGAUACGAGAAGACACGGACAAGGAGAUAAACUUCCGCGUGUCCAACGGGCAUAUUCCCAACAUCUUGAGAAACAACGCUUCCGGCGUAUACCUUAAGCGGUUUCAGUCGGUGUUGACGGACAAAGUCAUGAACGAGACUCAGAAACGAAACGUGCAGGCGCUGGCCAAAAAGCGGUACGAGCGCGUCAAGAAGGCGCUCGAAGAAUCCAUCAAGACGGCCAGCUUCAGCGCGCCGAAGCUGCUAUUGCUCGCAUCGGACUACUACCGCUCGGUCUUACCCGAGGUCAGGAACUAUUUCGCGGCGUUGCUGAUCGAGUUUUCCGGUGUUUUGAGAAGAGCUCGCCUGGAAGGCACGCAGACGUGCGUGGUUCAGUUCUACAACAUGCGGAGUGUCAUGGUCUACAACUUUUUUUUCGCCAUGUGCGAGGAGGAGUCGUUCGACCUGGAAAAAACUCGGGCGAGGUUUCACGCGUUCUACAGCAGUGAGAUCGCAAAAGCGAGGGCGAAGAUGAUUUCUCUGGCGCGGAUGCCUUACAUCAAUUUCUUGAACGACGACUCGUUCGAAUUCCUCCAGUCUCUUUCGGAGCUCCUCUUCUUCACCGACGAAACCCUUCGUGAGACGAUGGACGAGCUCACCUCGGCGUUCCACGACACCCUCGCCGACUCCAUAGGGACGUGCUUGGACCUGGGUAUAGAAGACGUGUUCAAGGAGGAGCAAAAGGAUUCGCGCACGGCCGUCAUGGACACGUUCGCUCAAUUCGAGGGAAACAUGCGAGUGUUCGAGGUGAGCAGCGUCGUCGAUGAGUUUGUCGCCAUUCUCUAUGGAGAAAUCAGCCAUCAGAUAGAAUUCAUCACGGGUCACAUGAAAGAUCUCGUAGACUCGUUCAAGGUGGAGACUACGCAGCCGUACAACGAAGAAUUUUUCACCAAGACGCAGCGAUCGUUCCUGAAAGCCGGCGGUGAAAUCGACUACGACGGGAUGAAAAGGUACGUCAUAUUGCACAUGAACGCGCACGGCGAUUCUGUGGUCGAAUCGUACGCCCAACUGCUAGAGGACUUCGUGGAAGCAAAGAUUGUGCCCGUGGGAGAACUCAUGCAACGCCUGCUCGGACCAGCUAUUCUCGCGGAGGAGGCCAAGACAAUCUUCGAGGCUCACGUCAAGAUAUUUGUGAACCUCGAGAACAAACAAAGGGAGAUUGUAUCGAACGUCAUCGGUCAGGCGCUGAGGGAAGAGGCCGUCAACAUCGUCGCGGACUACAACACGAUUUCCUACGCGGCCCGCCAGUCGAUCGUGCGAGGGAACCUCAAAGUGCUCUCGAACAAAGCUGUCCUGGAAUACGAGAGGGCGAGGUCGGCGGCCCUGUGGAAAGCCGCCUCGGCCUACUCGAGGGCGUCGAUGCAAUUCCGCGUGAGGUACACGAAGCUCGCCAACGAGCACGUCCAGAAAUUUAAUGACGUUUACGCGAAGGAGCUGUCGGGCGCCUACGCCCGAACUUCCGAUAUACGCUCCGUGGUUACGGGCAUUCUGCAGACGUUGGAAGGUGAGCUCAGGGACGACUUUACCGAGAACCAUCGCGAGAUCGCCCAGGGCGUGCUGGCCGGCCCAGCGAACGUCAUGCCCGAGAUCAACAAUAACUCGGUCUGUUAUCCACCGGGACUUAUCGGACUCGCCAAGCCGCGGGAAGGUGACCUGCCCAGCACCAUGUCCCCGCACCUUAUUGUUGAGUACGCGCAGGAAGAAGGCCAGCCGCUUCAUGACGAGCUGGUUGUGGCCGAGGACGCAUCGCAGAUGCUUGGUACCACGGCUGUAGCCCCUGUGGUAGUGGAUGACACGUACUACAGCCGUAUUGAGCUGGCUCUGUCCCACUACGACUCGUGGAAGGACAACAUCAUCGAUGAGAUCAUCGCCGCGGUGGAGGCGGAGAUGGCACAGGAGCUGCGGAACAACACGUGCCCAAAUCGUCCAAAGUGUGGAGACGGCACCUUUGACUGCGAGGAGGCCAACCGGUCCUGUCGCGAGGGCUAUGUUCUGUUCACCAACUCACACGACGUGCUCUGCUGCAGAUUCGAUCCGCCCGCGGCCGGUUUCCCCUACGAAGAGAGAGGUAAGUUGAUCGCCAUUGAAAUGGCCUGGGCUUUGUUCACCGAUCCCGGUGGCAUCGCGUUUAUGGCCAAGGUAAGUCGUUCGCUGGCGGUGAAGAUGGGUACAAAUGUCGCCAAGGCCGGGAGGAGUUUGAAAGUAAUGGCCAAGUUCUCCUCCAAGCUGUCGGGAGCUGUGGCCAAAGUCAACGGUCGCAUCGCCGAAAAGGCGGCAUCCAAGACCGGUUUUAAACUGGGGACGAAGGUCGGGGUCAAGAUGGCCAAGAAACUUGGCAUGAAGCUGGGAACUAAGGUAGCCAUGGCCAUAGGCAAGACCUUGCUGAAAGGCGCCGCCAAAGUAGCCGUGUCUGGCCCGGUCGGGUUGGCAAUGCUGGCCUUCGAUCUCAUGAGCCUCGCGCUCGACCUCUGGGACCCCGCGGGAUACAACGACGUACAGGCCGCCGGCCAAAUCAAGUCUAUGCGCGACGACAUCCUCAGCCACUACACACGUGAGCUCACGAAUGAAGGAAUAACGAACCCGUUGGUGACCGACCCCUUGUUCACCGAGAAUCGCGUGAUUGACUGGUUCACCUCAAACAUAUCGGCGUUCCUGAGCUCUGCCGAAAAAAGGUGGGAAACCAUGCCAAACUCGGAGGCUACCGCCGAGUACGAGAACGAGGUCGCAAGGCUUGAGGGUAUCAUGGACAGCAACGUCAACUUUGUGCAGGAGAUGAUCAACCAGAACACCGAAAACACCUUCCUGGUCAAGUCCAGCAAGAUCACCAACACCCCUUCGCACCUGGUCGGGACCGAGAGGGACCACGACUACGACCAGAAAACCAAGACCCAUCUCAUGGUCUGCUCGCUGAAUGCGGCCGGAAUCGUCGCUUUCAACAGCUUCCACGUCCAGAAGGCCAAGUUCAUGAAUGAGAUCAAGUCGAAGCCCAUCUACCGCUGGAUGAACGUUGUCAACGGCUACCGCGUGUAUGAAUCGGUUUCAGCGGAGGAUCAGGUCAGGAUAGUCUCGGGGGCGAAGAUCAAGCGGAUUGGGUGGGCUUUCACAAAAGUAGAUCCCGACGAAGAGUUCUGGAUGCAAUACCGUUACGCGAAAGAGGAGGGAAUUCGGGGCAUGCCUCACCGAGAAAACUAUAUGGGUGCUUGGAACAAGGACGCCAAGACGAGAGGGGAGGCCUACACCAACACCAUCACGGCCGUGAUGUCAGAGAACAUUACCACGUACGCUCCACAGGGUGUGGCUGCCGCUACCGUGGAAAUGGUGAGGAAACAGACGGCCGACUCGCCCGAUUGGUACCCUGUGUACGACGAUCUGUACAGUGAGGCCAAGUCUAUUGUCGAUGACAACAUAGCAGAGCUUGUCGAGGAAGAAAGGCUUGCGGUCGUGGCCAGCGAAAAGGCGCUCAAAAAGAGUUUGGACGCAGCGGACAGGAAAGUCGCGUCAGAAAACAACAUUUCCCUGGCGGAGGCUACCCAAAAGAGGAAGGAGGCCGAGGGGGAAGCGGCGCGCCAGCCGUUGCAGCCCGACUUCGCAAUAUUCAAGGAUGGUUUUGGACAGAUGUCCCCCCUCCUGAGCGUCAAGCAACAGUGUGAUGAAAUGGGGUACGACAACCACUUCCUGACGGACAAGGGCGUCGUCGUCCGAGGUCCAGGAGCUCCAAGAAAGGCUGGACGAGUUGGAAAAUUUUCCAACAGCGUCAACAACAGUUCCGCGUCCAACUCGACCGGGCUAGCGACCAAGCUUGGCGAGCUCGAGCUGUUCGCCAAUGCCACCAGCACCAGGUCCAGUACCAACGAGACAAACCUCGUCAUGCUCAACGACGAGCUCGACCGCCUCAACAACUUCACCACGGAGGAGAUACCGAAAGUGCGCAAACGUAUUGCGAAGGCGGAGGAGUCGAUGGAAACGAACGCUUCCGGUAUUGAAACACUGUCCGCGCGGGCGGGAGACCUCGAGUCGGGUGUUUCCACCGCGGACAACAGGAUAGACGCCGUGGUUGCCCUCGCGUCGGCCAUCGAGUCGAGCCUAAACGCCACCAAGACUUCCGUCGCUCAGUCCGCGGGAUCUAUCGAGCAGGUGCCCACCAGCUUGACCGCGCUGACGCAGGGAGUGGACAAGCUGGGCGACGCCCUCGAGCUGGUGGACGGGAACGAGGAAGAGACCAGGAAAAACCUGGCGGAUCUCAACCGCGACUGGAACGUGCUGAAGAGCAAAGCCUAUAUCACAAACGGUAUUUUCAAUGCCAUCAACCUGACAGCAACCAAGCGAAAGUUGGCUCUUGAUGCACACAACGGCCAAACUUCGGCUCUACAUUUCGCCGGAAUCGGCAAUCCCAACUGGGCUAUGUACUGUUCCAGCGCGUCGGGGAAAGGCCCCGACGGCAAAAAAUGCAGUGGCCACGGCGAAGUGACUCAUAAUGCUGUGCGCAUGCGGCUGGACGGCGACAAAAGAAAUGGAUUCAUCGUGGAGAACGACAAAAACAUCUCCGUGAGUGCGCAAGGCACCCGAAUGGGAUCCGGUAGGAUUGCUGACAUUAUUACGGGAAAGUGGACGGGCUUCGGUUUCCACUCCCGAACUGGCAGCAGUAGAUGUGCGAUUUCCCAAACGGACAGGGGUGACACCAUACUCAAUGCCGCAUUGGGGCAGAAGCUCAGCCUGCGGGUGGCCAACGUGGAAACUGCGAAGGUGGCUGGACGAGUUGGAAAAUUUUCCAACAGCGUCAACAACAGUUCCGCGUCCAACUCGACCGGGCUAGCGACCAAGCUGGGCGAGCUCGAGCUGUUCGCCAAUGCCACCAGCACCAGGUCCAGUACCAACGAGACAGACCUCAUCAUGCUCAACGACGAGCUCGACCGCCUCAACAACUUCACCACGGAGGAGAUACCGAAAGUGCGCGAACGUAUUGCGAAGGCGGAGGAGUCGAUGAAAACGAACGCUUCCGGCAUUGAAACAUUGUCCACGCGGGCGGGAGACCUCGAGUCGGGUGUUUCCACCGCGGACAACAGGAUAGACGCCGUGGUUGGGCUUGCAUCGGCCAUCGAGUCGAGCCUGAAAGCCACCAAGACUUCCGUCGCUCAGUCCGCGGGAGCUAUCGAGCAGGUGUCCACCAGCUUGACCCAGCUGACGCAGGGAGAGGACAAGCUGGUCGAUGCUAUCGAGCUGGUGGACGGGAACGAGGAAGAGACCAGGAAAAACCUGGCGGAUCUCAACCGCGACUGGAACGUGCUGAAGAGUAGGGCGUACGUGAGGAACGGCACUCUCAACGCCGUCGGUCUGAGGGCGACCAACUGCAACUUGUCACUCUUGCCUCAUAACGGACAGGCGUCGGCGAUACACUUUGGUGCAAUCACAGUUCCAAACUUUACGAUGUACCUGUCCAACCCCACAGGGAAAGCCCCCGAUGGUAAAAAAUGCAAUGCUCACGGGGACGUAACACAUCAUGCAGUUCGCUUGAAGCUUGACGGUGACAAAAAAAGUGGAUUCAUCGUGAAGAACGACAAGAACAUGGGUGUUUUCUCCGUGAAUACAGAGGGGAACACCCGAAUGGGAGCCGGGGUCGAACCAUACUAA